UGCUCAGUGUGCUGUAUUUCCGAAAGAUGAUUUCUCGGUUCUUGGAUGAUGAUUUUCUGUUUUCAUUUUGAAAAGGAGUGUCUCCUUUCUUUUAUAAGUAUCGUUGGCCGCUGGCAAGUGUUACUGUACUAAUUUCGGAAAUUGAAUUGUCAAAUGAUUAGCAUGCUGCAAAGAUGAGCUAUUCCACUAACAGCAGCCCGAAAUCAUUUUCUGUCAAUCUGGAAAGCCCGAUCAAGGCGAUCGCACUGAAUCGUGAUGCUUCUCAAGUGGUGGCAGCUGGACGAAACUUAAUUCGGAUUUUUGGCAUCGAAGAGGAGAGGUUCGCGGAGAAGGAGAAUCUGCGUUUAUCCAAACGCAACAGCCAGUUUAAUGGCGCCUGCACCGAUGUCGCGUGGAAUCCCAACGACGAGACCAUUCUGGCCACGGCGACAACAGCGGGAGCGGUUUGUGUGUGGAAUUUGCCCAAUAAUUCCAGCGUUCGACAAGAUGUCGUCUUCACGGAACAUCGACGCACUGCAAAUCGAGUGAAUUUCCAUCCACGCGAGCAGAAUCUGCUGCUGAGCGGCUCCCAGGAUACAACGGCGAUACUCUUCGAUUUACGCACUGCAAAGCCGCAUAUGAUCUUCAAAUGCGAGGAAGCGGUUCGUGAUGUGCGCUUUAAUCCGCAUAAUCCACAACAGUUCGCGGUCUGCCUGGAAAAUGGCAAUGUGCAGUUCUUCGAUUCGCGGAGCGCCGAGAUCUGCAUCCGCGAAUUCACCUGCCACGCCGGCCCGGUGUUCCAGUGCGACUUCCAUCCCGGCGAAUCGAACCUGCUGGCCACCUGCGGGCGCGACAAGUGCAUCAAAGUGUGGAAUCUGUCGGAGGUCAGCAAGAACCCCUCCCUGGACUCCCUGGUCCCCACCAUUGCCGCCAUGGGCACCAUCGCCUGGCGUCCGCACCGUCGUCCCUACCUGGCCUCGUCCGCGCUGGUCACCGACUUCUCCGUGUCGGUGUGGGAUCUGCGUCGACCGUAUAUUCCCUUUGCCACCUUCGAGAAGCACACGGACACCGUGACGUCGCUGGUGUGGCGGGAGGAUCCGCAUAUUAUUUUGGCUGGGAAAGACGGCUGGCUGAGUCAGUUUGCCUUUAAGGAUGCCAAACGACCAGCUGAUAAGGUCAAUCCUGUGGGUAUGGAUAUCGGAUGCAGCGGUGACGUGGCCAUGGCGUGUGGCGAGAAAAUUGCUAAAGGCGACGGAAAGUAUCUGCGACCGCGCGUGGAUAAAAUGUUCACCAAAACAACGCGCGCGGAAGAGUUCCCCAAAGAAGGCAGCAGCCAGCUGAACUUCUACCCGCAUGAAAAUCUGCAGUCCUUAUCGAUGGACUGGUUUGUGACAUGCGCCAAGGAGUACCAGCUGCAGGGCCGCUCCGUGUCGGAGCUGUGCAACCACAACGCUGGCGUGGCGCAGCGUGCCGGACGGGAUCAGGUGGCGUUGGUGUGGCAGGUGGUGGCCCUGCUGUACUCCAUGAGCGACAGCCGGAUGAAUAAGACCGGACAGUACAGCUCCACCACGUCGCAUCACCACCGCCAUAUAAGUGGCAGUGGGCGUGACGACCUGCAUCUGCACAGUCGCACGGACGACAGCAGCUCCAUGGGGGACGGCGGCGUCAUUUACGAGUCGGGCUAUCCGCACCACCGCACGCCGCGCAGCAUCUCCGCCCGCGAUCCGCAUCCGCUGAAUCUGGACCCACCCAGUUCCGGCGCCGGGGAUUUCCUCUUCAACGAGCAGUACACCGUCUUCGAGGAGAUCGACACGCCCUUCGCCGGGUUCGAGACCAUCCAUGACGAGGAUCACUGGCCCACACUGCCCACGGAGGGUUUUGAAGUGCGCACCGAACUGCCGGAUCGCUCGCACGACCGCGUGGAUUCCUCGCAUCGCAAGGAGAUUAUCCGUCGCGGUGGGGAUCGUGACCGCAACCGCAGCGGCUCCCUGGGGCCGGACGAGUACGAGGACGCGCUGCGGCUGGGGAAUCUGGCCAUGCAGGACAACUGCAGUAACUGCAUCGAUUUUAGUGAGCGCGUCAAGGACACCGUGGAGUUCCACGCCAACCAGGGCGAUCUGCAGACGGCCGUCAGUUUGAUUAUUGUGCUGGGCGACCGGGCUAAAGGGAUGGUCGAUGAGCUGCGACUGGAAGCGUGGAUCAUGGAUUAUAUCGAUCUCCUCUCGCGUUUCCAGCUCUUCACCGUGGCCAACGAGAUCAUCAAGCUGUGCCACCUGCCGGCGGUGGGCGAGCUGAACCAGCAGUCAACCACGGUGUACACCAACUGCAACAUGUGUGGCCGGCAUCUGCAGCGCGUGGGCUGGUACUGCACCUCCUGCCGCAAACUGACCAACACCUGCAGCAUCUGCCAGUUGCCGGUGCGCGGCCUGUACGUGUGGUGUCAGGGCUGCUCGCACGGCGGCCAUCUGCCGCACAUUCAGGAGUGGUUCAAGAAGGCCGCGCACUGCCCCACGGGCUGCGGCCACUACUGUGAAUUCAUCUGAUCGCGCUGAUCGGCGAUCAGUAGGCUCAGGAAAUGUGUAUUUUAAAUUUUAUGGUGAUUGUGUAAUUGCUGUUUUGGAUGCGUGAAUUUUUUAACAAUUUUAUUGCGUUUGGAAGAUGAUUGGUAAUGUUGUUUGUGUGUUGACUGUUGACUGACCUCGUCUACCUUGUUGGCCGUGAUAUGUAGAAAAUGGAGAUGUUUACUUAUCUUGCUGCUAAGUUCGCUGUUAUUAAACUCUUAGG